GAGCUUUUUUCGCCCCAAGGGCGGGAGAAUCGUGGAGACCGCCUCCCUGGUGGCGGGGCGAGGAAUAGUGCGUGACCAAUCACCCCACGCAGCUUCUGAAAGCGCCGAGAAACGACGAAUCAGAACGCAGCGGCUUCGGCCUUGCCUGGCGCGGGAUAAUUUGAAUACAGUGGCGGAGCUCUGGCUGGGCUGAAGAGAAGUAGCUGUCUCUGAGCUGCAGGUAACUGCUGCAGAGGGCCGAGGUCUGGGGUGGAAGACGGAGGAGAACGGGAGAUUCUUUAGAACGUGGAAUUGAAUGUCAAGUUAAAAAGCGGUUCCUCUGGGCUUGGCGCGUCUGCGACUUGUGACCGAAGACACCAAACGGUUCACCACAUUUCAGGAGUUCAAUUAAGAAGAUGUCAGCUUUUUCUCCAAGGAAAAGGAAGCAGGAUUCUUUGAACCGUGACAACCUAUUAUCAGACAUUGCAUCAAAGAAAUUAAUUUUGGACUUUACUGAAAACAUAUUUUCAUCACCUGAUCAAAAGCACAUUUGCCAAAGCAGUGAUAAAAAUGAAGAAAAAGCGCAUUGUUCUCAACAAAGCCAUUUCGUUUCAAAUUCACUCAAGACAACUAAAAAAAGUAGAUUACCUUCUGUAAAUCAAGGUUCACCUUUUAAAUCUGCUGUGUCUACUGUAUCUUUUUACAACAAAGAUAAGUAUUACCUCAAUCCAUUGGAGAGAAAGAUUAUAAAAGAGAGUAGAUCCAUUUGUCUAAAAACUAAUAAUGAAGACAAAUCUUUUCCCAGUGUGACAGAAAAAAUGCAGGGAAAACCAGUCCGCUCCAAGAGGAUGAACAAAAAACCACAGAAGAAUUUAACUUCUAAGUAUCAACCAAGUUAUAAAUGCACCAAGCCUGUAUCAAAGAUUUCUAAAAAUUCUAAGCAAAAUCGAGUGGCCUAUAAACCAAUUAUAGAGAAAGAGAACAAUUGUUAUUCAGCUGAAAAUAAUGUGAAUGCUCCUCGAGUUCUAAGCCAAAAAGUCAAACCACAAGUGACACUCCAGGGUGGAGCGGCAUUUUUUGUUAGUAGAAAAAAUUCCUCUCUUAGAAGGUUGUCUGUGGAAAAUAAGCCAUUACUGGGAGUCACCCAAAAGAAUAAAUUAGAAGCCAUUGAAGAUUCUGAUGUAGAAACCGUCAGUGAAAAAAGUUUUAAGGCAAGACAAGUGCCAAAAUGCAUGUUACUCGAAAAAGAACUGAACAUUGAGCUGCUGGGUACAAGUGAAAAUGAAGAGAAACUAAUAAAGGAUUCAUCAAGUGGUGUAAUUUCUUCAAGGGAACAUAAACCUGAUGAAAGUAAGUGUUUUCCUUCAGAAAAUUCUCACAGUGAGAACAAGGCAGUUUCUCCUGAGUCCAUUGUCUAUCCCAUCUUCAGUGCAUCAUCAAUCAAUACAAAAAGAUCUCUAGUUGAGAAACAGUCUUCUGUGGGAUCCAUCACACCUUCUAACUUCUUGAAACAGAACAAUACACAGAAAAGUGCUAAUGCCAGAGAUACAAAUAAAGAAACAAAAGACCAGCUGAUCAUUGAUGCAGGUCAGAAACAUUUUGGAGCCACCAUGUGUAAGUCUUGUGGCAUGAUCUAUACUGCUUCCAACCCUGAAGAUGAAGUGCAACAUGUUCAGCAUCACCACAGAUUUCUGGAGGGAAUCAAAUAUGCAGGCUGGAAAAAAGAACGUGUAGUAGCAGAGUUUUGGGAUGGGAAAAUUGUGUUGGUCCUGCCACAUGAUCCAGGCUAUGCUAUCAAAAAGGUAGAAGAUGUCCAAGAACUUGUUGAUCAUGAAUUGGGCUUCCAGCAAGUGGUUUCCAGAUGUCCCAACAAAACCAAAACUUUUCUCUUUAUAUCUGAUGAAAAGAGAGUAGUUGGAUGUUUAGUUGCAGAGCCCAUCAAACAGGCCUUCCGUGUUCUGUCUGAACCAACUGGUCCAGAAUCUCCGAGUUCUAAAGAAUGUCACAGGGCUUGGCAAUGUUCAGAUGUACCAGAACCUGCAGUCUGUGGGAUAAGUAGAAUUUGGGUCUUCAGACUGAAGAGAAGAAAACGCAUUGCAAGAAGACUGGUUGAUACUCUCAGGAAUCGCUUCAUGUUUGGCUGUUUUCUUAGCACUAAUGAAAUAGCAUUUUCUGACCCAACACCAGAUGGCAAGUUAUUUGCAACCAAGUACUGCAACACUCCCAAUUUCCUUGUAUACAAUUUUAAUAGUUAAAACCAAUUUCAACUAUAGAACAGUUACUAUGUGGAUGAGUUCAGACAGUUCCUGAUCAUCUAUAAGAACCAUUUAACAAAUAUCAAAAUAAAAAUACUGAGAAGGACACACACACAUACACACACACACACCUCUUUACCUGUUUCGUUCCUUAUGAAAAGUCAGGGAUAAAUUUGUUGAAAAUGACCUGGAGUGUCAAAAGAAAAAUCUUUGGCUGAUGUAUACUGACUAGCACUCUGAAUCCUUAAUUAUGAAACUUUGUAGCUGUAACUGGAAAAUUACUUGCCUCUUACAUAAGAAUAAUGACAAAGUAAGAUGGUUUUCCAGAAAUUUGACCACUUACCUUUUAUAAAGCACUUUUGGACCAGGAUUAUCUCAUGCUCAGUCAGAAGCAAACAGGAAAAUUUAAAAACAAUUUUCAUGCCCCAUUUUUAAAUGUAAUUCCUGAAUUUUGUGCACGGAAUUCUCACUUUAUAGGUAACAGCUCAGUCUGAAUAUAUUUAGAAAGUGUUUUGAAUUUCUAGUGUAAUAAAGAUGGCGAAAAAUAUGAUUUCCACA